UCUCAGCCACCAUCAACUCUUCUCAACCGUCAGAUCUACUUUCAUUCACCUCUACACCCACGCCACCCCACCUCACCCCAUGUUUUUAUUGUUGAAUUUUAAGUUGCUGUUAGUUUAGGUUAGGCCUUCUUCCUUCUUCUCUUCCCUUUCCAAUCCCCCAUUUUUCUCUCUCUAAAAAUUUUCUCUCUGUGUCCUCCAAAUUCUUUUGAUUCUUCAUCGUCAAUACAACUUCUUCUUCUCCAACGCACAUUGGGUGAAUUAGUUGUUAAUUAAUCUUCACGGAGCAUUCUGAGCAGAUUGCAGCGAGUUGAUUGAUAAUCGAAGAUCGGUUUGAUGACAAUGCUGGUUCCGCCAUGGCUAGAGCCAUUAUUGAACACUGCUUUUUUCUCGAUUUGCCGGACGCACGGUGAUGCGGCCCGGAGUGAAUGCAAUAUGUACUGCUUAGACUGCAAUGACAAUGCUUUUUGCUUCUAUUGCCGCUCAUCUAAACACAAAGAUCAUCAAGUCAUUCAGAUAAGGAGAUCAUCAUAUCAUGAUGUGGUUAGAGUUUCAGAGAUUCAAAAAGUAUUGGAUAUAAGUGGAGUGCAAACCUAUGUAAUCAACAGUGCAAGAGUUUUAUUUCUAAAUGAAAGGCCACAACCAAAGAGUAGUGGCAAAGCAAGUUCUCAUGUUUGUGAAAUAUGUGGAAGAAGCCUUUUGGAUACAUUUCGUUUCUGUUCUCUUGGAUGUAAGCUUGUAGGAAUAAAGAGAAAUGGAGAUUCAAGCUUUAUCUUAGAUGCCAAAAAUGAAGUAGUAGCAUUACAAAGAGGUGAAGGCAUAUCAUCAAGAGGAGGAAAUCAAUUGCGUGAAGGCUUAGAACAUGACAAUAUAUACCCACCCACCCCUCCACCACCACCUUCAAAUGCUAGAAGAAGAAAAGGGAUUCCUCAUAGAGCACCUCUUGGUUCAUAACAACAUAUAAAAUAAUAAUAAUAAUAAUUAACCAAAAAAUAAUACAUUUAAAAAACUACUUUAUACAACUCAUGACAUAUAAGGAGGGGUUGUAAAGGUUGAUGAAGUUUCCUUUUUGAAGAUGGUGGGGUCUUUUGAAAGGAAAGAUUGAGAAAAAAGAAAGCAAUAAUGCACAAUUUGUUUUAUAUUAGAAAAAAAAAGUUGGAAGAUUAUUGUACAUUGUAAUUAAUUUAAUUAAGAAAUUUAAAAGGCAAAGUGUUUGUUGGAGUUA